GUCCCUCUAUCACACAUUUGGCGCCAAAAGUAGCACGAUCAACGCGAUUCUAUAAUUUUUAAUUGUAAUUUAAUAACAAAAAAUGAGCUUCUCGCGUAGUGCCUUGCGCUAUGCUCACACCAACGGCUACACUGGACUCCUGUACACACCGCGCGGCGAGUUCAUCAUCACGUGCGGCACCGACGGCGACAUCCGCCACUGGACCUCCAUUAGCGAUGACGACCCCCGAUCCAGCUGCCUGGGUGAAUUCGUCAUGUGCAUCGCCCACACGGGCACUCGACUGUUGGCCUCCACGGAUCGCAACACCGUUCACGCCUAUACCUUUCCGGACAUGGACAGCGAUGGCAUUAUGAUGCGGUUCACCGCUCCAGCGACAUGCGUCCGAGUGGUUGGUGAAUAUACCGCUGCAGGCAGCGAGGACACCAAUAUCAAGGUGCUGAAAGGCGACACUCCUGGCAAUGAAACUGUUCUAGAAGGACACACUGGACCUGUUUUGUCUCUGGACAUGUUCGUUGAACGCAAACUUCUGGCUUCUAUAGCUGGAGAUGGCCAUUUAAAGGUCUGGAACUUCGAGGAGGGCAAGGAGCUAAAGAGCGUAUCUGGCUUGCCAAAAGUAAACAGCUUUGAGAGCGCCAGUCUCUUUGGAACACCCACUUUUGAACCCAAGAGUGGGGAGCUUCUGGCCUAUGCAGCGGACAAUGAGAUUGUGGUCCUAAAUACUGCGAACUGGGAGGUGGCCUUCAAGCUGCGCGACGAAAGGGUGUCUAGUAACUACAGCUGCUGUCAGUUUUCCCCGAAAGGGGAUCGUUUGGCCGCCGGAACCACAAAAGGAGAAAUAAGCAUCUUUGAUGUAAAGAAGAGAAAAGCGCUUCCAGUGGAGAUGCCGCCAAAUGACUGCAACUCCAUCACCUGUUUGGCUUGGAACCGAUCUGGCGAAGAGGAAGUCGCUUUUUGUGAUGCCACUGGGCAGCUAGGAACCGUAUUCCUAAGUGAUGGAAAUGAAAUCGUUGGAGAGGAUGGCGUAGAGGAGGCCCAGGACGACCUACUUGAUGGCUAUGAGUUUGAGGGUGCCGAUGAGUUGGAAAACCCGCAGGAUGAUGGUGAUGGCGUGAGCUUGGAGCAACUGAAGCGCAAAGUUAUGAAUUUUGCUGAUCCUGUGGACGUUGACGAGACGUCCAACCAGUCCUUGGCCAGCAGCCGUACAGCGCCCGUUCCCGCUGCUCCUCAGAUCAAAUUCUUCAAGCAACAGGCGGCGUUUCAGCCAAGUUCAACGCCCAGUGACCUGGAGCACCGCUACAUGGCCUGGAACGAUGUGGGCAUUGUCACGGGCCAUGUGGAACCGUCAGGAGAUGGCUCCAUCGACGUGGAGUUUCACGAUGCCAGCCUACACCAUGCCUUGCACAUCAGCAACUACAAUCACCAUAACUUGGCCAGCCUGAGCAGUGGAGCACUCGCUCUAGCUUCCAAUGAGUCCAGCAAGCUGGUGGUAAUUGCCCUUGCCGCCGCUGGAAACAAAGAGUGGUCGCUCAGCUUGCCAGAUUGCGAGAGUGUGGAGGCCCUAGUGGCCACCAGCCACUUGGUUGCCGUAGCCACCAGCUCCAGCUUCCUCCGCAUCUUCAGUGUGAUGGGUACCCAGCGUGAGGUUCUCAGCAUUCCGGGACCGGUGGUGGCACUCGCUGGACAUGAGCACUGCCUGAUGCUGGUCUAUCACAGUUCGCAUCCCAGCCAGACACAACAACAUCUUGCUGCUAUGCUGGUAACCAUAAACGGGCUCAACCUGCGCCUGGAGCAUCUGCCAGUUGCGCUCACUCCCGGUCGAAAUCUGUCUUGGCUUGGCUUCAGUGACACGGGAUCUCCUAGUUUUGCGGAUAACAUGGGGUUGGUUCAACUCUAUAGAAAGAGCAGCAACGCCUGGUUCCCCAUCUGCGACACCAUGAAGCAGAGCUCCAGCGUGUCUAACAACUAUUUUGUGGUGGCUGUUUCGGAACGUCGACAAAUCAUACAGGCCGUGCUCUGCCGCGGCACCUCGUACCCCAUGACCAAUCCCAAGCCCAUGCUUCAUGAGUUACGCAUGCAGAUCCCACUGUGCGACAUCGAAGUGGAGAAGUCGGAGCUGGAGGACGCCCUGCUUCGUUCCAGCCUGAUGCAAGUUGACGGCGCGGAGAAGAUCCAAAAGGAGACGGCCAUUAAACUUUUCGCCUUGGCCUGCAGCGGCGAGUGCGAGACUCGAGCCAGGGAGCUGAUAGAAUCGAUUGCCUGCACCGAGCUACUCCAGUUGGCGGUGAAGUACGCAACCAAGCGUGGACGGAUCCAUCUAUCCGACCGACUUUGCGAGUUGCUGCCGCAGCUAGAGGCCAUCCAGGAGGCACGCAAGCAACAGACAUUGCUGGGAUCCAGCGGUAUAGCGGCCACUAUUGUCCUGCCCAUGACGCCGACCUCAGCAACCCAGACCAGCGGACCAAAACCCAAAGCUAUUGAGCUGAACUCCGCCAAACGAGGAGCCCUCAAACGCUUCAGCAACUCGCCAAAUAUGUUCAAGGCAGCAUCAGCAGCGUCGCGUCCUUCGACUCCGGAUGUACCGCACUCACCCCUAGACACGCAGGAGAACAUUUUCGGGGAGUCUGAGCCGGAGCCACUUUCUGGAAAGACGGCAGAACAAAGGACUCCUCUGAAUUCUGUUAAUCCGUUUGCCAUGAAGCGAAAACUGGGCGACACCGGAGUCAUCUUCGGCUCCGAGAAGCUUAAGCUGGCAAAGAAAUAAUAUGUAAAUCUAUUUUUAAUUACUAAUUA